UCUCUUAAGUGAAAGUACAAAUAUAGAAGCAGUACUCUAUUUCAGGAUUGUGCACAUUACUUUAAUAUUGCAGCUGUUAAAGACAUGCCUUUACCAUUCCUACCGGGGAACUCUCCCAACAGACAGCUGGGGAAGGAGAGAUUCCACAAAUCCCAACAUUUCGACUACUCCAAUGGAUUCCCUAUGCUGGCGGGAUCCGAGAAGCCAGGCGUCGGAGGAGAGCUGUUAUAUGGCCAGACGAUUAAACCAAAGUACUCUGUCUACCCCAAAGGACACGGCAGGGAUUUACCAUCAUGGAUAGCCUUUGACAAACAGGCUCUGUGUUUUGAAGCAUUCUUCCAGGAAGCUGUGCCCGUGGCACAAGAUGAGACAUACAGGAUCAGGAAGUGUAAGAUCUACUUCUACCUGGAAGAUGAUACCGUUCAGGUGGUGGAGCCAGAGUACAAGAACAGCGGCAUCCCUCAAGGAACACUUAUUCAUCGCCAACGCAUCCCACUGCCUGCCCCAAAUGAUGACCAGUUCUACAACAUUUUCCAUUUCAACAUCAACCAACAGAUGGUGCUGUACUCACGCGCGUUCACUGUCACCAACUGUGACUCUUUCACAAGGAACUUUCUCUCAAAACUUGGGGUGCGCCUAAAUAAUCCUGCCACUGUACCUGAUGACCCCUAUACCAAACACCGUGAAGAGAUUGAGAAAAGUAUGAAGCCACUUCGGCCGUACGAGAGGCGUGACACACUCAAACAGUUCCUGGACCAAGACCGCAAAGUCCUGCGCUUCAACUGCUACUGGGACGACACAGAGAACGUGUUCGGGGACCCGCGGGUGCUCGUCCUGCACUACUACCUGGCUGAUGACACCGUAGAGAUCCUGGAGAUUAUCUCCCCAAACUGUGGGAGGGAUACCGUGCCCAAAUUCCUACACCGUGGCAAACUACCCAAGCAUGCGACCCAUAUGAAGCAGCCUGGACAGAUCACGGACCGCACGGUGCUCAACGUCUUCUCCUCCACCAGUCAGGAUCAACUCUACAUACUGGACAGCCUCAAAACAGGAGCUUUCCAGGAUGAGUUCUAUAAGGACUGUGAUCUGACUGUGGGUGGGGAGGUGAAUGUAUGGGGCAGGAGAGUGAUCAUCACCGACUGUGACGACUACACCAAAGAACACUACCGCUCCAAAUACGGCAUCGAGGACUUCACCCCGGUGGCGUACAAAGUUCCCCCAGUCCCUAAGCCCCAGAGGCGUAUGCCCCCCUACAACGGUUUUGGCUCAGAGGAGGACUCGCUGAGCUCAUGCCAGGGCCUUGUGCCCAAACCCCCACAGAAAGACUUCCGAAGGUUUUUGGAUAAAGACAGUUGCGACCUCACCAAUGUGCUGAAUUUCCGUGCCAAGAUGGUCACCACCGACCCAGUUGACAGAGAGAGGGUGUUCAUCAUCUCCUUCUUUAUCUGCGAUGACUCCAUCUGUGUGUUUGAAAAACCACAGAGGAACUCAGGCGUGCUCGGUGGUAAGUUCCUGGAGCGUGGCCGUGUGAAGAAGCCAGGCCAGGAGCUGUUUAAGAGCGAGCUGUCUGAGUACUUGAAAGCCCAGGAUAUGUACGUCGGAGCAACAAUCUGCCUCAGCAGUAAGCACUUCCAGGUUCUGGAUGCGGAUGAAUACACCUUCAACUACAUGAAGCAACACGCUGAGAAGUUCCCCAAAGCCAACGUGGGAAACAUCCUCAGCAAACUACGAUCUGUUCCGGAGGAGAAACAGAGUGAGAUCAGGACGUUUCUGACGCUCAGUGACCCCGGCAACACUGGCUCCAUUUCCUAUGAGUCGUUGAGGGGCCUGCUAAUGGGCCUGGACUGCGGACUGACGGAGCACGAGGUUCUGGUUCUGGGCCGAAGUUUCUCGGAGCGCGAGCAGCCAGAGGCGGACGUGGGCCUGAUGCUGGCUGUGGCCCAGGACUUCCUCAAGAAGAAGCACUUUGAAGAGUUCUCUGACAUGGACAGAGCCUUCACACACCGCGACCGACACAAGACCGGCCGUCUCUCCACCAAAGAGACGAGGACCGUCUGUAAGGCCUUCCACCUCCCCCUGCCUGAGAAGCUGCUCGGAAGUCUGUUCAGCAAGUUUGCAGAUGGGGACGAGAUCGACUACCACGCCUUCCUGGCUGGCAUUGACUGGUUAGAGCACCCUGCUCCUCCAGUAAUGCCCGACGACACGUUAAAGUUUGAUGUGAAGGCCAGAUCUGGCGCCGAUGGAGCUACUGUGAAAAACGUCAACUACUCUACCCUUCUGAAGGAUGUAUUCAUCUUUCCCUCCAGCAACGAGGACCCAACCACCACCUGCACCACCACCACAACAUAG